UUCUCGGUAUCCCUCCACAGUCGCUAGUUAUGCUGGAAAAGUACGAGAAAGAGUUGGAGCCAGGGAGUGAACUUUUCGCUAGACUUUCCCCUUUCAGUCCUCCGUUGUCCCCUUGGUGACGGGCGGACACAGGAGAGCGCGCGUCGCGCUGGUGACGUCACGCCGGUUCUCCGCCAUCUUAGUUGUGGACAGAGAGGCAGCAAGCUCGGAGGAGCCGAGGCGGUGCGGCUAUCUAAAUGCUGAGUCUCGGCAGGCGUGGGCUCUGGCUGGGCCUGGCCGCGGCGGCGGCGGCGGCGGCGGCGGCGAUGGCCGCACGGCUGAUGGGCUGGUGGAGUCCCCGUACUGACUUUCGCCUUUUCAUACCCGAGGAGCUGGCCCGCUAUCGCGGCCGCCCUGGGGACCCGGGCCUCUACUUGGCCUUGCUCGGACGCGUCUACGAUGUGUCCUCUGGCCGGAGGCACUACGAGCCUGGGGCCCACUAUAGCGGCUUCGCAGGCCGAGACGCAUCCAGAGCGUUUGUGACCGGGGACUACUCUGAAGGAGGCCUUGUGGAUGACGUAUCUGACCUGUCAUUUUCUGAGAUGCUGACACUCCAAAGUUGGCUUUCAUUCUAUGAGAAGAAUUAUGAAUUCAUCGGGAGGGUGACAGGAAGGUUCUACGGAGAGGAUGGGCUACCUACUCCAGAACUGACCCAGGCAGAAGCCGUGAUCGCCAAAGGCCUGGAGGCAAAUAAACAGGAAGUGAAAGAGAAGCAGAAGUUCCCACCAUGCAAUGCUGAGUGGAGCUCAACCCGCGGCAGCCGGUUCUGGUGCUCCCAGAGGAGUGGAGGUGUGAGCAGAGACUGGAUUGGCGUCCCCAGGAAGCUGUUUAAGCCAGGUGCCAAGGAGCCCCACUGCGUGUGUGUGAGGACAACUGGCCCCCCUAGUGACCAGACGCCGGACAAGCCUACGCACAGCAAUCGUGGGGACGUGGACCACCCCAACUUGGAGGAAUACGCGGGCUGCCCGCCCCGAGCCGCCACGUGCUGUGUCCCCCUCUGA